AUGCGUAUCGUGACAACACUGCUGCUGUUCGCUGUUUUGGUUGGUACUCUACCUGAACAACUCCAAGCAGCUCUUCCAACAAUCACCUUACAUCCUAAAAGUACGACUGUUAUUCAAGAUGCCAGAGUUACAAUAUCAUGCCAAGCUUUCGGUGCUUCAAGUACUGUCAUAAAAUGGUUUAAGGAUGGAUCUCUUAUGCCGAGUUCAAGCUUCACCAAAAGUUAUUCUUUUGGCCGUCUUUCAAGUCAACUUACUCUGUCAAAGGCCAGUAACAGUGAUCAGGGUUCUUAUCGCUGCGAAUUCAGCAAUACUAAUGAAGCAGUCCGUAGUCGUUCGGCCACAUAA